UGUGCAUGGGUGAGAAAUACUCCUAAUUUCAUUCAUGAUCUUUCAGGCUUCUAAGAAGUUGUAUGGCGAACGAGUACAAAAAGUGGCAUUCUUUCACUUUCACAAACAACGUCGAAUAAAGAUUCAAAUUCAAAUUUAUUGCUCUUCUUCUUCCAUCAAACACAAAUUACUGUUGCUUGUUGCUUUAUGCGAUAUUGUUAACAGGUCGUGGGAGGUUGUUCUGAAUUUGUCCGAAAAGUUGCUGUGCGACCUUGUGCAUGAUCCAUCUUUUUGAUCUAUCUUGGUUUUCUUUGUCCUAGCAGUUCCUUGUAGUGUUUUUUGGUCUGAUUUUGAAACUGCAGUAUCUAUAGCAAAGUUGUAUUUUUCAAUCAUGUCACCGAAGACACAACGGGACACCUUCAUCAGAGGACACUGAUCACGUUACAUCAUCUUUUAGGACUAGUACUUAUACCACGUAGAAAAAAAUGGGUAAAAAGGAUCGAGAAAAAGACGCUCCUAAGAAGCGGAGGAAGGAGAACCAUGACGAUGCCGAGUCAGACAAGAACAUGAAGUUGAAGGAGGAACAAAGAGGCAGAAAAGCUGCAAAAGAUACCAAGAAGAAGAAGCGAAAGCACAGCGAGACGUCCUCAUCGAGUUCCUCACCGUCCUCAUCAUCGUCCGACAGCAGUUCUUCAUCCUCGUCGUCUUCGCGUGGUAGGAGUGAUGGCAGCUCCUCCGCUUCGAAGAGAAAAUCUGCGAAGCGGAAACAAAAGGGCCAGGACCACAAGAAAAAGAAGAGCAAAGUCCGAAAAACCGAGAACAAGUCCAAUUCUUCUGGUGAAGACCACGAGGAUAGGCAUGCAAGACAUCAAAGGGCGGAUGAUGGAGAUGGGCCACAUGGUGCAGCAGCAGGUCCUACGGCAAAUGGUGCAAACGGAAAAGUUGCCCAGGAGAAGGACGAUGAGGGCAGAACAGCAGAUCAAGAUGGUGGAUCCGGAUCGCCCUCCGUGGGCAAGGAUGAAGCUGGCAAGAACGAGCGGAGAAGCGCUGAAAAGGGAAAUGAGGAUAAGGAUGGCGAUGAGGAUGGCGAGAUGAACGGAAGUCGGGCGCCUCGAACAAAACCGAUGCUUGCCGAAGGGCACCAGCAAGGUCGCACGUAUGAGCAGAUAUUGGAAAAGGAACAGCUUGACGAGUAUAAGAAGAAUAAGGUGAAGAAACUCACCUCCGACGAUCUGACACGUACAGGCGGCACCUAUAUUCCGCCAUUUAUGCGUGCACGCCUCGAAAAACCGAUCGACGACAGAUUCUCACACGAAGCUCAAAAACGAAGCUGGGAAGCGCUCAAGAAAAGUAUCACGUUUUUUCAUCGAUGAUGUUGUCCCUACUUGAUGUACUAGAACCCUGCUCAGUUGUACUAGUAUUUAGUGAUCAUCGUGUGUCGUGCCAUGUCAUAACAAAAACUAUAAUUUCCCACUAUUGCUAUCACCUCCCUCAACUUAUCUUCUCCUUCACCAAAACAAUUCUCGUCCAAGAAAUCUACACAACUCAACAGGUAUAAAUGGUCUGGUGAAUAAAGUAAACGUAGCGAAUAUCCGAAACAUCGCUUUGGCCUUAUUCGAGGAGAAUCUGGAGAGAGGUCAGGGUCUCUUCGCGCGAGCCGUGAUUCGUGCACAAAUGGCAAGCCCUGGGUACCGAAAUUUCAAAAAAAUUAUUUAGACUAAGUCCUAAGAAAGAAGAUGCUUGUUGAAUUAUCCAUCUUCAAAACGUCCACAUCUUCACUAUCCUUGAACAUAUGAUUGAUCAACAGGUUCACACACAUCUACACCGCUUUGCUAGCAGUGAUAAACUCGAAGAUGCCUGAAGUUGGGCGUUUGACCAUCACUAGGGUGAUUUUGCAGUUUCGCCGCGCAUACAAAAGGAACGACAAAAUCGUACUCAGCGCAGUGGUAAAAUUCAUUGCGCAUAUGGUGAACCAAUUUGUGGUAUCGCAGACUGUGGCUUUGGAGGUAUAAUCUCAGAAUUUUAUUUCUGGUUCAUGAUGUUGAUCCCAUCUUUUUAUCUAAGGUGCUGUCGUUGUUCAAUGUUCAUGUGCUUCAAAAUAAUUCAUUGCUUAGAAGACUCCGAUCUGAAGCUUCCAUAUCCCGAGAGGACUUGUAGCAUCAUAUUAUCACAAAGAAAUUUAUCCACCUCGUCGACUUCGACCUUUAUUUCCACCUAAAAACUCAUAUUAUUCAAACCAAACUGCAACUUUUCGACGCCCCUAAAACUACAACAGAUCUGCCUAAUGUUUUUCGAGGAUUUAACGAACGACAGUGUGGAAAUGUGCUGUGGUCUGCUGCAGGAUGUAGGCGCAUUCUUGCUCGAGGAAGAUCCUAAAGCUCUGAACUUCAUUAUGGAGAAAUUGCGGAAGAUUCUGCAGGAAGGCCGAAUUGAGGUUCGCGUCCAGUACAUUGUCGAACGCUUGCUGAAAGUGCGUAAGGACGCCUUCAAGGAGUUCCCACCUAUGGUCAAGGAGUUGGAUUUAGUCGAGGACAUGGAACGAAUUCGCCACGAGGGUUUUCAAAUGGACGACAACACCUUGCGUGCGCAGGAAAUGUUGAAUAUUUUCCAAAAGAAGGACCCAGAGGAAUUCGAGAAGAACGAGGAAAGAUGGAAGCAGAUCAGUGAGGAAAUCCUAGGUGCGCCGUCUGGUUCCUCGUCGGGCUCCGGCGGCGACUCCUCCUCUGAUGACAGCGAGGCGGAAAAAAGCGACGCUCCGGCUGAGCAGGCAGUUCCGGACGUAGCGCAGACAAGAGAUUUAUCCGAACAAGAUCUGGUCAACUUGCGUCGAAACAUCUACUUGACUGUGCAGAACGCACUCACGUACGAAGAGUGCGUCCACAAAAUCAUGCGGAUGAAGAACGUCGACGGAGCGGAAUACAAUGUCGCGCAGAUGUUAUUGGACGCAGCCGCGAUGGAGAAGUCGUUUUCGGAAUUCCACGCCAAGACCGCUGCGAGACUCUGCGUUCUCAAAGAACCCUACAAGCAAGGCUACGAAAGACUCUUCGAGGAGCAGUUCGAUACGGUAUAAUUAUUCUUUUAUAUUAGAUUAUACGGUAUAAUACUUCUUCUAAAGAUUUUUAUACGAACAAUUUUUGACAAGAAGAGCCUGAUGAAACUGGAUGCGACAAACAAGUUUUUGGAUAAACAUGGCGUAGUAAUUACGUUGUUUUUGCUCACGAACUCUUUCAUGCUGAAUUUUUGACAAGAGCCUGAAGCUGGAUGCGACAAACAAGUUUUUGGAUAAUCAUGGCAUAGUAAUUACGUUGUUUUUGCUCACGAACUGUCUCAUGCUGAAUUUUUGACAAGAGCCUGAAACUGGAUGCGACAAACAAGUUUUUGGAUAAUCAUGGCAUAGUAAUUACUUACGUUGUUUUUGCUCACGAACUAUCUCAUCCUGAAUCUGCUACUUCCAAAACAACGCUCAGAUACACAACCUGGAAACACCGAAAGUCCGACAUAUCGCGAAGUUUUUUGCUUUGCUGACCUAUCAAAAUGCUAUCUCUUGGGGCGUGAUGACGUAUAAACUUAAGAAGUUUUUGAUGUUUGAUGUCCCGGUGAUGGUGCUUCUUACCAUUUUCUGCCUCUUCUACUACCUAUAAUGAUAAUUGAAGAAAGUGUAGGAUUUGUGGCGCGCCGAGUAUACACCUAGAGUAGAAGUACUUGUUCUCACUCUCAAGACAUCCACCAUCAAGAAACUACAACACAUUUUCAUCCUCUUCAGGUACAUUGUCCUUACACCCGAGACGACGAAUAGUACGAUUCGUAUUUUCGUGAAGUACUACUUCCUCGAAAUCGUGAAUAACCUUGGCGCGCAGAAGGUGUACAGGAAGUUGCACGACCCCGAGAUGUCCUUGUGCGUCGGCGGCUUGUUUCCGAAGGACAGCAUGAACAAUGCUAGGUUCGCGAUCAACUACUUCACUGCAAUAGGUCUGGGCGUCUUAGUCGAGCCCUUGCGUGAGCAACUCGCGAAGAUGCAGGCGCAGGAGAACGAAGACGUGCUGAUGCAGCAGUUGGAUGCCGACGCAGUGGAUAGCGACGCCAAAUCCGCCAGUAGUUCUUCAAGUUCCUCAAGCUCCAGCUCAUCCAGUAGUGGCUCUAGUUCAUCCUCGUCGUCGAGUAGUUCUUCAUCGUCAAGUAGCAGCUCCUCUUCUUCAAGCGACUCAGGUAGCAGCUCAUCGUCAUCAAGUGCGGAAGGUGAUUCAGAGGAGGACGGGAAAAAGAGAAAAAAGCAGAACAAGGCUGGAGGAAAAACGAAAAAGAACGACAUGAAGACAAGCGGAAAAAACGCGAAGAAGAACAAGAAGAAUGCGUCUCUUAGUUCAGACGAGGACGCGGCCGAAAAUCCUGCGAGUAGUAAAAAGGUGGGUGAAAAGUCGUCGAAAAAGAAGAAUGCUCCUCGUGUCGGCGAGAAGAAAAAGGGCAAAGCUAAAGGCAAGGAUCAGGAAGAAGAAGACGACGUUGAGAUAGAGGAUAUUACCAGCAAAAGGAAAGGCAAGAAGAACAAAACAGGUGCGUCGAAAAGCAAGGGUCGUGAUGACGACGACGGGGACGGCGGAGCAAAUAGUGCGAAAGAGCAGGCUGCUAAAAAGAAGGGCGGUAAAAAUAAGCCCAGCAAGGACAAGAAGCGAGAGAGGAAGGAAUCAUCCCCGGAGCCUGCGCGACCACUAUCAAAAACGGGCAAAAAGAAGAACGACAUGAAGCGAGGACGGAAAGGCGAAGAUAGUAGUGGCGACGAAGACAGUGUGGCGUCGGAUGCGGGUGAAAAGGACAAAAAAGACAAGGCCAAGAAGAAGCCCAAAGUACAUCGCGAAUGGGAGGAGGAUAAAGUCUCAUCGGGACAAGACAAUGCAGAAGCUUCUACUUCCAAGAACAAGAAAAACAAGCAUGAUGGACGAGAACCUUCUAAGCAGAAGGAAAAGGCAGCAAACAAGAAAGGACUAGAGCUACGACCACGUGAUGCUUCAAGAGAUGAAUCCCCACCAGAUACUAGAAAUAGUAGGAAUGACCACAAAUCCGAUGCGAAAGCUAAUGGUCAUCAUGCGGCUGAGCAAGACCAUGAGCUGCAUGACCGACGGAAACCUGCCCUCGAUCUACGUGAAAAUGAUCGUCCUAGAGAUCGUAGAGACGCUGAUCGAGGAGCGGCUCGUAACGACAGUCGAAAACGUGACUACAAGAACGAUUAUAGAGCAGGUAGGACUACUACAAGAACAGUAGAAGAUGAUCGUGGAGGUGGGCGUAACUACAACAGCGAUAGACGAGCCGAUAGUCGCGAUAAUUACGGCGAUGAGCGCAGUAGACGGAAUCGCGAGGAUGACCGUAGACGAGGAGCUCUGAGAAAGGAUAGUAGACGCGGUCGAGACGAUCGCCGAGGAGGAGGUCGAGGUGGAAGGAGUAGCAGAGACAGACGCGGUGAGGAUCGCGGCGGACGAGGACGGGUCGAAAUGCAUCCACCUAUAGAUAGUGACGCAGAGUUUGAUAGCGACUAACAAGUAAUUUCAAACUUAAUGUGUUUUAUCUAUUCGAGGACACUACACACAUAAUAAAUGAACUCCCCAUCUCAUUGUUAUAACAUCACACAUCACAGCAAACCUUCCCGAACCCAAGCCCAACUACGAAUUACCCAUCCACACGAGUCACAAAAACAUUGCCGAUACUGGUCUCACCAUGACCUACAAUUUCUUGAUGUGAUUAUAUAUAGUCUUAUUCUUAAUCUUAUGUUUUGAGUUUUCACGAACGCCUAUGCUGUCUCGUGAUACGACAGACAAUGAUCAAUAGCUUGCUGGUAAAGAUGCUGACCUUGAUAA